AUGUAUUCAUAUUAUCUACCAAUUUAUUUGCCUUGUCAGCGUCCAAAAAACGCUCCCCACCAACCACGGACCUCAUUCUCUUGCGACGACCACCCCUCGACCCCUUCUUUCAUCUUCUUUCUUUCUCCACAAAAAAUGAGUUACGGCGGCUAUCACGGUGGUGGUGGAGGCUACGGAGGCGGUGGGGGUGGUUGGGGAGGAGGCUACGGCCAUGAUGACAGGAUGUCUGGCCUCGGUGGUGGGCUUCGCUCGGUCGACUGGGCCAGCACAAAACUGUCUGUCUUUGAGAAAAAUUUCUACAUAGAAGACAAACGAGUCGCUGCCCGGAGCGAUCGAGAUAUUGAAGAAUUUCGUCGGGUGAAAGAGAUCAAGGUACAAGGUCGCAACGUUCCCCGACCUGUCACCUCCUUCGAGGAAGUUGGUUUCCCCGAGUAUCUGAUGACCUCCAUCCGAGCUCAAGGAUUCCCCGCACCUACUCCAAUUCAAUGUCAGGCGUGGCCCAUGGCACUCAGCGGUAGAGACGUUGUUGCCAUCGCUCAGACGGGUUCAGGGAAGACAAUCUCGUUUGCCCUCCCUGCCAUGCUGCACAUCAACGCCCAACCUCUUCUUGCUCCAGGAGAUGGUCCCAUCGCCCUAGUUCUCGCGCCUACUCGUGAAUUGGCAGUGCAAAUCCAACAAGAAUGUACCAAAUUCGGAUCCAACUCUCGUAUUCGUAACACUGCGAUCUAUGGUGGUGCCCCGAAGGGCCCUCAGAUUCGUGACUUGCAGCGCGGCGUAGAAAUUGUCAUCGCUACUCCUGGACGUUUGAUCGAUAUGCUAGAGACUCAAAAAACCAACCUGCGACGUGUGACAUACCUGGUCAUGGACGAAGCAGAUCGUAUGCUUGACAUGGGUUUCGAACCACAAAUUCGCAAGAUCGUCAGCCAAAUUAGACCAGAUCGCCAGACCCUCAUGUUCAGCGCCACCUGGCCCAAGGAUGUUCAGAAGUUGGCCAACGAUUUCUUGAAGGAUAUGAUCCAAGUCAACAUUGGCUCCAUGGAGCUGACAGCAAACCACAACAUCCAGCAGAUUGUCGAAGUCUGCAGCGACUUUGAGAAGCGAAACAAAUUGAUCAAGCACCUCGACCAAAUCAGCGCUGAGAAUGCUAAAGUCUUGAUCUUCGUUGCCACAAAGCGUGUUGCGGACGAUAUCACCCGGUAUCUUCGUGAGGACGGGUGGCCAGCGCUGGCAAUCCAUGGCGAUAAAGAGCAACGCGAGCGUGACUGGGUGCUUGGUGAAUUUAAAGCAGGACGUUCUCCCAUUCUCAUUGCCACGGAUGUAGCAUCUCGUGGUCUUGACGUGAAGGAUGUAGGUUACGUCAUCAACUAUGAUUUCCCCAACAACUGCGAGGAUUAUAUCCAUCGUAUCGGUCGUACAGGCCGCGCUGGCAUGAAGGGAAUUUCGUACACUUACUUCACCACGGACAACGCCAAGUCUGCGAGGGAGUUGAUUGGCAUCUUACGAGAGGCCAAGGCUGUUGUUCCGCCUCAACUCGAGGAGAUGGCGUCCUUCGGCGGCGGAGGUGGACGAAGCCGUUACGGAGGGGGCGGACGUGGACGCGGUGGUGGUGGUCACCGUUAUGGAGGCGGGGGUGGGCACGAUAGCGGAUAUCACGGCGGACGCAACAGCCACCACGGUGGUGAUCGUUGGUAA